AUGACUGUGAACAUUCUCAUUCAGAUCGACAAAUUAGUGCAGCUGCUGGAGUCACCGGUUUUUACAUGCUAUUUGCACACUGCUCCGAGAGUAACUAGCACACCUGCAAGUGGGCCAAACUUUGAUCGGCCGAAUAGACUCAAAGGAAGAGAAGAUGGCAUCAUCCGAUGGGGAGAGCUAUUGGAAAAGUUUCGGACCGUCCAAGAACGUGCACGCCGGUCGCAGAGAGCGUUGAGUGGCCACACGACAGAACCCGUCGACGAUAGCUUGCCUUUCGGGCUGGGACCCGAUUUUCGAAUCAGCGAUGGCGUUGGCGCUCUGGAGCACAAAAAUUCUCGGGAUAUAGGCCCGGCGGCCAGGACUGUUGCUGGAGGGCCUCCGGUUCCGGUCAAGGAUACCUCUGUGCAACCAGGGCCCCCAACCAAGGCAAAAUCAACCCUUGGGAAGCAGCUCGGGAGGUUUGGCGGUGCCGUGUCUGGUAGAGUGAAACGUGGUCACUGA